AUGAAUCCGGAGUAUGACUAUCUCUUUAAGCUUCUGCUUAUCGGAGACUCAGGUGUUGGCAAGUCAUGCCUUCUCUUAAGAUUUGCUGAUGACUCGUACCUGGAGAGUUAUAUCAGUACUAUUGGUGUUGAUUUCAAAAUACGUACCGUGGAGCAAGAUGGAAAGACUAUGAAGCUGCAAAUCUGGGACACUGCUGGGCAAGAACGCUUCAGAACUAUUACUAGCAGCUACUAUCGAGGGGCUCACGGGAUCAUUAUUGUCUAUGACGUGACAGACCAGGACAGCUUCAACAAUGUGAAGCAGUGGUUGAACGAGAUUGAUCGCUAUGCUAGUGAGAAUGUUAACAAGCUUCUUGUAGGGAACAAAUCUGAUCUCACUGACAAAAGAGUUGUAUCAUAUGAGACAGCGAAGGCAUUUGCUGAUGAGAUUGGCAUCCCAUUCAUGGAGACCAGUGCAAAGAAUGCCUUGAACGUUGAGCAGGCUUUCAUGGCUAUGUCUGCUUCAAUCAAGGACAGGAUGGCGAGCCAGCCAGCCGCAAACAGCGCUCGCCCAGCCACGGUGCAGAUCCGCGGGCAACCUGUCGAACAGAAGACAAGCUGCUGCUCUUCUUAG